CAAAACGUUUUUGGCUUGUGCAAAUAUCCUACAGGUCCAUUCGUCAAGGAUUGUAGCUGAAGUUCAUUUAGUCUUAAAUUCACAAAUUUACAGUUAACUAAUCAAAAGCUUAAAAUGCUCACAUUUGGCUUAACAAUAGUACGACAUGGUGAAACACAGUACAAUAAAGAUGGUCUAUUACAAGGGCAGGCUAUAGACUCGCCUCUGUCAGAGAUUGGGAUGACUCAGGCAGAGGCAGUAGGGCAGUACCUCAGAGACAUCACCUUCACCAACAUCUUUGUCAGCAGUAUGCUCCGCGCCCGUCAGACUGCUGAGAUGAUUGUGAAGCACAACAGCAGUUGCUCGGGUUUAGAGAUGGUCUCUGAUGCUUUACUCAAAGAAAGGAGUUUUGGGAUAGCUGAGGGGGGUCGGGUGGAGGACCUGAGGAACAUGGCCAGGGCAGCUGGUGAGACGUGUCCUGACUUCACUCCACCUGAGGGGGAGACGCAGGAACAGGUAAAAGAGAGAUUCAAAGCCUUCCUGGAGACUAUGUUCCAGCGUAUGAUGGCUGACCAUUGCAGUGAAGGCCAGCAGAGGGCCACCCCCCUGCGGGCCGCGAUGGUGGGGACAGAGGAGUGCCCCGAGGCCCCUCCAGGCCAGCCAGACGACGGGCUCCAGGGCACCCAGGCCCACACUCUCAUUGUGGGACACGGGGCGUACAUACGGGUGGCGGUGCGCUACAUGGUGGAGGAGCUUCACUGCUCCCUGCCCGCCGAGUCAGACAUGACACAUGUGUUGUCUCUCUGUCCCAACACGGGAAUCGGACGCUUCGUCCUCACGGUGACACGAAGGGACGCCGGCACCUUGUUGACGGCCAGCCGCUGCGUGUUCGUCAACAGGAGAGACCACAUCAAGGACGGGGAGUAGAAAGACAGGAUGAGGGAAUGAAGAGAGGAGAGAAGGAAUAGAUGGAUGUUAAGGAGACAGGGGAGGGAGGAUGUUGGUAGGAUGAUCUUCACGGACUCCUUGAGUCUUGUUUACAAAGACAGUAAAUUAAGCUUUUGUGAAACGUGUUUAGUUUGAAUCUACCACUCAGGUUCAUGCUGUGAAACAUUGAAUAAACAUUGCACUCUGAA